UGUUCGUCAAAUUAUCAAAAAGAAUUAUUAAGAAGAAAAAAAAAAAGAAAAAAAAAUUCCGAAUCACUUAAAAGUGUACAACGAGAGAUAACGACGAAGCCGGUAAAAUUGUUAUUGGUUUUUAUUGCGCAUGCGCACAAGAAGUAAAGAAAGAUAGAGCAAGUAGAAAGAAGUGGUGGUGGCGGUGAUGGUGAUGAGGGUGGAAGGGAAGGGGUGCAUCGAAUAAGAAUAGAUAUUUAAUUUUAAACGUUUGAAAUCUAAUCACGAACGGUUUUAUUCAAGGACAAUUAUCGAUUAGUUUCGUGAAAAUAAUUUGAAUUGUUUUUCAUUUUGUUAUUUGUUUUGUUUGAUUUUAGUUUUUAAUUUAUAAACCUUACGUGUUAUUAUUCAUCUUUAUUUAGUUUUACGUGCAAGUCAACCUAUCUUUCUCUCUCUCUCUCUCUCUUUCUUAUACCUCACUAGACACACACACAUACACAUAUAUAUAUAUAUACAUAUACACGUAUGUACACAUAUUAACAGAACGGGAGAGUCUCGAACGAGACGAUCAUCGUUCAGUCGCGAGUUUAAAAGAAAAACUGUGUAUUUUGUCUGUGUGUGUGUGUUAGUGUUACGAAAAAUAUUUUUACAGUGUAAUGUGUCUUCUGUGAGUGACUGUGUGUAUUAAUUUAAAAAACAGUGUUAUUUCAUUUAACGUGUGUUUAUAAUCGACCUGAGAAACUCGUAGGAUUUAGUAAACCAUAAGAGAAUUAAUUAAAGUUAUUUUGCAAACUUGGAAAGCAACAACAACAACAACAACAACAACAACAGUAGGAACAGCAGCAGCAGCCGAACCAAAAGCAACAACUACUUGAACUAGGUAUUGGUAAAGGGACGAAGAAGGAAGUAAAGGAAACCAAGUAACAUGACCACAGAACACGAGAGAGAUAGUAGGGUUAGGUUGAGAAGGACCAAAAGCGUCACUCAUGCUGAGGAUAUACAAAAGGCUGAACAACUAGUCAGAAAAUCUCAACCAGAUAAACCAUGUCACCGACCGAGAGACAGUUUAUUUUCAUGGAGCUCGGGUUUCGACAACUUUACAGGAUUCGUCAACUGGGGCUUCCUUCUGCUUGGAAUUGGUGGAAUGCGUUUACUUCUUGAAAAUUUUAUCAAAUACGGGAUCAGAGUAGAUCCAUGGCAAUGGUUUCUUUUCCUGAGCGGGAAGUACGAUGGUGGUGAAGAGCAUCCUUCGCUUUGGCUGAUCCUUUAUUCAACCGUGCCUGUGACACUUUGCUUGUUAAUCGAAAAGGGGAUGUCUAUGGAUAUCGUAGCUCAUGGACCAGGAAUGGUGUUCCACAUCGUAAACCUCAUCGUUAUGGUACUGAUGCCAAUGGUGGUCAUCCACGUGAAGGAUUCCGGAUUCAGUCUGAUUGGUUCCAUGUACGUGUGCAUGCUGUAUGCCAUUCUAUUCUUGAAGUUAUGGUCGUACAUCCAAGUGAACAUGUGGUGUCGUGUCAGUCGUGAAAAAACAUCUAGCCAAGGUAGAAUGCGACGACAAUCCUUGUCUUACAAUAAUCUUCAGUCAACAAAGUUGAACCAAAACGUUGUUGAAAGCGACGACAUCGGGCACGAAGUGAACGGUCGUGGCACAGCAUUGGUGCAAUAUCCAGACAACCUGAAUUUUGGCGACCUUUAUUACUACAUCCUGGCACCCACACUUUGCUACGAAUUAAAUUUCCCUAGGACCCAGAGGAUACGGAAAAGGUUUUUGAUUAAACGCAUCUUGGAGGUGGUCGUUGGUUGUCAAGUUAUAAUGUCAUUGUUCCAGCAAUGGAUGGUACCUUCCGUGAAGAAUUCACUUAUACCCUUCAGUAACAUGGAUGUUGCAAAGGCCUCUGAACGUCUUCUCAAAUUAGCGAUCCCAAAUCAUUUGACGUGGUUAUGUUUCUUUUAUAUAAUAUUUCAUUCAUUUUUAAAUCUAAUGGGUGAACUAUUACACUUUGCCGAUCGAAAUUUUUAUUGUGAUUGGUGGAAUUCGAACAAUAUCGACACAUUUUGGAGAAGUUGGAACAUGCCAGUACAUAGGUGGGCUGUACGACAUUUGUACAUACCAAUCGUUGAGAUGGGUUACAGUAAAUAUACAGCAUCAAUAACUGUCUUUUUCAUCAGUGCAUUCUUCCACGAGUAUCUCGUCAGUGUACCUUUAAAAACAUUUAAAAUCUGGGCAUUUUUAGGAAUGAUGGGUCAAAUACCGUUGUCAUGGUUGAGCAAAGUGGUUGAGAAAAAUUUAGGUCCCAGAUGGGGUAACAUCGUCGUAUGGUCCAGUCUCAUCAUUGGACAACCCCUUUGCAUUCUGAUUUAUUAUCACGACUAUGUGGUCACUCAUUUUGGUGAAACAUUAUUGGAGGAUUAUUCGAUUGUAAAUUGACAAAAUUGACAGUCAUCAGGAAUUACGAUUAGGAAUAUUUAUACA